UCGGUUUCCUGGCAACAUGGAUCCGGACGUGAUGUGCUAACAGCUGCUAACACUAUGGCUGUCGACCUGGAAGGGUACCAGCGUGCCUGGCGCUUGCGACAUGCUGCGGAUGAUGGGCUGAUGCUUCAGGUCUUUGGCGAAGAGCUGCCAGAGCUGCAAAAGGCCAAUCCUGCGCUGAUAGACGUUGCGAGAUCCUACUUUCCGCAUCUCACAUCCUCGACGUAUGAGGCAUUGGCACGCGAGCCGGACAACCUCAAGGUGGAGAAGGAUCGCUGUGAGAGAGAGAUGGAACAGCUGGCCGUGCAGAACUACAGCGCCUUUAUUGGAAGUGCUGAAGUCACACAAGGCGUCAAACAGGAGAUGUCCAGUAUUCGAACGCACCUUCAAGAGAUGGCAGAGACACUUGAGCCAACGCAGGA